AUGGUAGAUAACACAUCUGCUAUUGCAAUGACAAGGAAUCUAGUUUUUCAUCAAAAGACCAAACAUAUUAAACGCAGAUAUCAUUUAAUCCGAGAUGCUUUGCAAGAUGGGGUAGUGGACUUGAGGUACUGCAAGUCUGAAGAACAAGUGGCUGACAUUUUCACUAAAGCUCUGCCUAAAGAUCGGUUCAACUAUCUGAGAGGAUUGCUUGGUGUUAAACCAAUCAACAAUUUAGAAGGGAGUGUUGAAGUCCAGAUUCAUGCCAAGUGUACAGCUCACAGGCUGGUACAACUGUGUAUUGGCUGA